AUGAAUUACAAUGCUAAAAGUUCAAAACUUGAGUUGAAACAGAAUUUAUCCCCACCAAGGGCAAAUCUACGAGUUCAAUCCUCCAACAGAUCUAUUUCACCUAUCGAGAUAUCGCCUCGAAGUUCAUGCGGAUCCCGAGAAAUGAGCCCAAACGACACUUUGUGCUACUCGAGUAGCCCCGAGGCCACUUCCAUGAUGCUUGUCGGGUGUCCUCGAUGUCUCAUGUACGUAAUGCUAUUCGCAAAGGAUCCGAAAUGCCCCAAAUGUAAAAGCACUGUUUUGCUUGAUUUUCUGCAUGAAGACAGUAGCAAGAAAUCUAAGAAGUGA